CCUCCCCCCCCCCAGGAGAUUGGAGUGGCCGUCAGCGAUCGGUUUCCACCCCACCCACACCCCCACAACAAGGGGUCUCCUACAAAAGUUCGGAAGAUAACGUUGUUUUACCGAAUCUAUCAUCAGAUGUUGAAACAAAAUCUCACCGAUCGAUGUCCGAAUCACAAAAAGAGCCCCUGGUACAAGGUGAAUCGCCUAAACUAGGACACAACUUUGAGGCUUAUGAGCUGAAGGAAUGGGUGAACUGGUGCGACGCGUGUGGGAGCGUCAUCUUGUCCUUGUUUAGGAAGUGUGUGUCUUGCUCAAAAUGCAAGAUGGUCUGCCACGAAAAAUGCGCGACCACCGUUUCCCUCACGUGCGAGGCCGACCAACAUGUCCGUAGUUUGACCUUGAAUGACCCCAACGCACUUAAUCGAUACAAAACCAUUGUUCAAGAGACAAAGGAUGAGACGACACUGAAAGAGUUCAACACCAUUCACCGAGUUCUAUCGACCGAGGAAAUCCAGGAAAGAAUCGAAAACUUCAACCAAACAGUGAAGGGGAGUCAACAAAUGACAUUGCAAGAUAACGGAGAAACAUUCCGUGGUUUCAUCCGUGUUUCAAUGAACCUCAUGCGCCCCGUCAGUGUGCACGAUUCAACCAAGACCUCUCGUAAACCGACCAGGAAAGCUUCGUUUUAUAUCGAUAAGGGUGCUUUGAAAGCAUUACAUCUAACAUCGGACACCACAUCGGAGUUGGUCGUACAAGCACUGCUUAACAAGUACAGCAUCAGCGAUAACCCGAUGAAGUUCGCUUUGUUCGAGAAACAAGUUCGUGAGGAGGGGCAUGUGAUCCUACGCAAGAUGUUGCCGCGUGAACGCCCGUUGUUCCUCAGGUUAUUAUGGGGGAAUGGUAACAGUGAUAAAAGGGGUUUCAUAUUGCAGGAGAACGAAUCAAGGGAUAUACACUGGGAAUCCUUCUCAGUAGCCGAGCUACUUAUGUUUAUCAAGAUAUUGGACAAAGAGGAAAACGAUUACAUCGCCGAGAUCAAACGCAAAUAUAAGAACAAGGAAACCGACAUUCGUAACGCCAUCAGCCAUCAAAGUAAAAGAUCAUGAAUGUUAUUUGUGGUGCAAUCAUGUAUUAUUGUUGUCGUAUAUUAAACCAGCUUAAUUUA